CCACGCUGCCGGCGGAAGUGGAGCCCUUCUUGAGGGCGCAGGACAACCCCAGGCUGACGAGAAAGCCAGACUGUAGGGGCGGGGCCAGGCCAGGGAUGGGAACGCGGGCGAGCUGUGGGGAGCUGCACACGGACUCGCGAAGCAUCGGGGACACGGCGCAGCGGCGGCGAGGACAGCAGGGGGCCCGCAGCCCAGCGGCCGGCGCAGAGAGUACCAUGGCAGAGCAGGUGGCUCUGAGCCGGACCCAAGUGUGCGGGAUCCUGCGGGAAGAGCUGUACCAGGGCGAUGCCUUCCAUCAGUCGGAUACACAUAUCUUUAUCAUCAUGGGAGCAUCGGGCGACUUGGCCAAGAAGAAGAUCUACCCCACCCUGUGGUGGCUGUUCCGAGAUGGCCUUUUGCCCGAAGACACAUACAUCGUGGGCUACGCCCGCUCGCGCCUCUCCGUGGCUGACAUCCGCAGGCAGAGCGAGCCGUUCUUCAAAGCCACCCCCGAGGAAAAGCCCAGGCUGGAGGAGUUCUUCGCCCGCAACUCCUACGUGGCUGGCCAGUACGACGAUGCGGCCUCCUACGCGCGCCUCGACAGCCACAUGAACGCCCUCCACCAGGGGCCCCAGGCCAACCGCCUCUUCUACCUGGCCUUGCCGCCCACCGUCUACGAGGCCGUCACCAAGAACAUCCGCGAGACCUGCAUGAGCCGCGCAGGCUGGAACCGCGUCAUCGUGGAGAAGCCCUUCGGGAGGGACCUGCAGAGCUCCGACCAGCUGUCCAACCACAUCUCCUCCCUGUUCCGCGAGGACCAGAUCUACCGCAUCGACCACUACCUGGGCAAGGAGAUGGUCCAGAACCUCAUGGUGCUGAGGUUUGCCAACAGGAUCUUCGGGCCCAUCUGGAACCGAGACAACAUCGCCUGCGUCAUCCUCACCUUCAAGGAGCCCUUUGGCACCGAGGGCCGCGGGGGCUACUUCGAUGAAUUCGGGAUCAUCCGGGACGUGAUGCAGAAUCACCUCCUGCAGAUGCUGUGUCUGGUGGCCAUGGAGAAGCCCGCCUCCACCGACUCGGACGACGUCCGCGAUGAGAAGGUCAAGGUGUUGAAGUGCAUCUCAGAGGUGCAGGCGAGCAACGUGGUCCUGGGCCAGUACGUGGGGAACCCCAACGGAGAGGGCGAGGCCACCAGAGGGUACCUGGACGACCCCACGGUGCCCUGCGGGUCCACCACCGCCACCUUUGCGGCUGUCGUCCUCUACGUGGAGAACGAGCGAUGGGACGGGGUGCCCUUCAUCCUGCGCUGCGGCAAAGCCCUGAACGAGCGCAAGGCCGAGGUGCGCCUGCAGUUCCGCGACGUGGCCGGGGACAUCUUCCAGCAGCAGUGCAAGCGCAACGAGCUGGUGAUCCGCGUGCAGCCCGACGAGGCCGUGUACACCAAGAUGAUGACGAAGAAGCCCGGCAUGUUCUUCAGCCCCGAGGAGUCCGAGCUGGACCUGACCUACGGCAACAGAUACAAGAACGUGAAGCUCCCCGACGCCUACGAGCGCCUCAUCCUGGACGUCUUCUGCGGGAGCCAGAUGCACUUCGUGCGCAGCGACGAGCUCCGGGAGGCCUGGCGCAUCUUCACGCCGCUGCUGCACAAGAUCGAACGCGAGAAACUCCAGCCCAUUCCCUAUGUUUACGGCAGCCGCGGGCCCCCGGAGGCGGACGAGCUGAUGAAAAGAGUGGGGUUCCAGUACGAGGGCACCUACAAGUGGGUGAACCCCCACAAGCUCUGAGCCUGCGCCCCCCCCCCCCCCCGCCGCCCCCCGGUGCUGUCCCCGCCCAGCCCCGCCCCAAGGGGACCAUAGACGUCAGCCUCACAUUCCUGCCCCCGCGCGCGGGCCGCCCCGCCCGCCCUGGGCCCAGUACAUUCCUCAGCCAGGGAGACUCCAGACACCGCGGCCUCGGCCGUGGCCGUGCCCGCCUUUUCCACCCCGGCUCCUGGGGCGGACUGGAGCUGGGGGAGCCCCCGGAACUCGGGGGAAGGGGACAGGCGUGUGCGAACCAGCCGCGGUGCCACUCCACAUUCCCACGGCUCCCCGCAUCUGCACUCCUCGGCCCAUCCGCGCCCCUCAGAAGCAGAAGCGGUGGCGGGGGGGGGGGGGGGGGCCACCUCCGUCCCUGCCAUUAAAUCCACGAGAGACGCAA